AUGCAACGUGGCCCAACAGGGAACCCCAACUUUUCUGUCACCUCGUGGUGCUCGAUCAUCCCCGCCAGCGUGGGCCGCACAAAAGGUCUUCGAGGAGGUCACAGCGCCAACUCGGGCUCCAUGUUGGGUAACGUUUUAGGGGCAUGGCUUGUCUUGUCUUGGCUGAGCUUCGUAAUUCCCGACGGUGGUUGGUACGGCAUUGGAACACGGACCGGACGCCAACCAGAAGACGCCAUCUGUAACAGCAGCCAUACCCAACCGGUGAAGUUUCCCGUCGUCAUUCACGGUGAAAGCCACGGCAAAGGAUGCUGGUCGUCUAACGGAGAAAUAGAUUAG